CAAAGAGCACGGGACGGUCUUGGGCUUCAGCCCGCAAUAGCUAGCUACAUAGCCCCAAACCCUGACUUUUGUUUCCUCCAUCACCACAACGCUCGCGGUGUGCCACAUCAAUGACGCGUCUUACUGGGUAAGUCAUUUAUCCGUUUUUCUACAGGUCUGUUCGACCUGCAAGCCUCAGACCAGUCUCAAAAGAAAAUUCAAAAGCAAAUAAGCGUUAGCCUUGGGCGCCGUGUCUGCCGGGGCCCAACCAGUCAAAAAAUCACAGCGUACUGGUGCUUCUGCCAUCUGCUACCAAAUUUCUCCGCCGCAACACUCGACUUCUGAAACACUGCAUUUACAUUCUACUCGGCUCGGAAAUCCAUCCAUUCCCUGUCCCUCACAGUAUGGGCCGUGUUUGCGCCGAUUGCGGGCGCAAUCUGCCCCAAACAUCCUAUACGGCCAACCAGUGGUCGAAAGGCCAAGGCAAUUCCAGAUGUGCGGGUUGCGUUCACGGGCAUCACUCGGACUUACCAGCGGCGCAGCCAUCUGACAGCGGCCGUUACAAUGACGCCAAUAAAGCUCUGAUCCCCAACUAUGACCUCAGAAACCCAUUUGCUUCGGGUGCCUUCCGCUGGGUCGCCAAGGGAAAAUACACCAGCGGUAGCCGUGCAGGCCAGGCUUGUGUUGUGAAGUGGUUCAAGACGGGGGCAGUCUUCGACGGGGACUACUUCACUCUCGACAUCAAGGCUGUCGACAAAGCAUUGGAGAUCGUCAAUCGAUUCAACCAAUUGGCCAUUGUGGAUAAAGCCGUCAUGAUCAAUGUGCCCUCCGUCUGGACGUUCGAUGAAGACUGUUCUGAUGAUUGGGCUGGAAAAAAGGUGCUUUGCGAACCGUUCAUCCAGAACUACCAGAAGUUCAACAGCAAUUCCGGCUGGAACGACGAUUCGAGGGCAUGGGCAAGGGUCAUGCAGGCAUUGAGCCACUUCAGCUACCAUGUCUCGGGAGGCAACUUUGUCCUGUGCGACCUUCAGGGCGGCAUCUACCAGCACGAGAUUGUUCUAUCCGACCCGGUUAUACUGUCCCGGACCCGGCAGUAUGGCGUCACCGAUCUUGGCCCGGAGGGCAUCAGCUCUUUCUUCAGUCAACAUCGAUGAAACAAUUACUGCCGGCCCCAUUGGACCCAACCUGUCAACCCCCGACAGUACUACAACCCGGUGCCGGGAACCACCAUGAUAAGUCACACGGUGUCUACCGCUGUAUCGAGGCCCGCCUACACUGGUUUCUACUAUUGAUGAAUGAAGGAUGAUCGGUACCUAAGCUGUUUGGUGGUGGGAAGAAGCCCGGUCGGCGACAAGAGGAGCAGGGAGACCGACAUCCAUCAUGUUGGGCAGUGAUUUGAGUCAUGUCAUUUCCAAGUCAGAUGAGAAUAUACCUGGUGUGUUUCUCAA